AUGCUGGGAGUGCGUAUCAAAGAGCAUUUGGCUGGUAAAAGGCGUGGAAGCACGAUUACACCAAUAGGGCGCCACAAGAUUGAGCAACAUGAUGGAAGCUUGGCAAGGAGAGAGGAGGAGUUUGAUGGGAUAUGCAUAGCAUCAAACACUUCGAUCCAUUUCAAGGCUUUUGAUAAAGAGUUGUCGAUACGCAAAAUUCUCGAUCGAGAUGAUAGCCUGGAUUUGAAUAAUAAGCGAUCUGCAGUCCGUUCAUUGAAUAUUACUAUUGUUGUAGUUAUCAAUGACGAACGUCAGAUGGACGAGUACAGAUUUGCACUGGACACGGUACGGUGCUAUUCGUUCAUGCACAACUAUCCUUUUCGAAUUGUGAAAGGCGACGAAUAUCAACACUGUCGUCAUCAAGAUAUGAUGUUUCGUCGUCAUUGCGUCGUCGCUGAGGUACUCCAGACUACUGAUUGGGUGCUUUUCAUCGAUGCUGACAUUGGAGUUGUGAAUCCAACCAGGGCCGAUAUCAGAGUGAACCUCUGCUCUGGAAACAACUCUGAGAAGAGUGAAGAUCGCUUGGAUGUGAUCCACGGUUCGGCAGGAUGUAUGAGCCUACUCGCCUGGGCCACUUUCAUUUGCAACAGCUACUACGGUAUAAACAGGUUAAUAGAGGAAUACGUGGACACCCGUUUCGACAUCACCUUUUACGAUCGAUUUUGUAGUUGGGAAGUAGCCAUGGGAUGCUGCAAAGGAAACGCUCCCGAUUCUAUUGCCAAGGAAAAGUUUGUCUUUGCAUCUGUGGAAACAAAAUCCACAUACAAUUCUGUAUGUGUCGCGCGCAGCACUGGUGACUUCAACCAGGAAAAGCGUCUUAGAAGGAAGCUGCGUCGUCAACUGCAACAAGACCGCGAUAACGAGUGGACGUCAAGAGCGAUGGAGUUUGAGAAGGCGUGGGAGGACAGGAACCCGCGGAAAGCCUAUGCUCUACUAAAGCAAUAUAGCGGCAAAAUGAAAAGAUGUUCCCAUGUCCUCAACACUGCUAAUGGGGUAGCUGUCGGUGAAGCAACCCUUCCAAUUUGGAAGGAACACUUCAAGACCUUGCUGAACCGGCUAACACCGUCAGCUCCUGAACUUGAACACGUUCAUAGACCGACAUACGCGGUUAACGAGGAGCCACCGACCGUGUCGGAGGUCCUGGUCUGUAUUCAAAAAAUGAAGAAUGGAAAAUCUGGUGGAGACGACGGGAUUAGCGCAAAAAUGCUAAAAUAUCUUCCUCCGUCUGGGAUUCGUGAGAUGACAGAGAUCAUCCGUUCAAUAUGGAUAGACGAAAGGAUACCUGAUUCGUGGAGACACGCUAUCAUAAUUCCCCUCCACAAGAAGUUAUCCGUCACGGACCCCAGGAAUUAUCGAGGAAUCUCUUUGCUGCGUGUUAUGUACAAGGUAUUGGAGCGCAUUAUCCUGGACCGACUCAUUAAACAUCGCGAAGAAACAACGCGCGACGAGCAAGCUGGCUUUCGUCCUGGCCGAUCUACGAUUGACCAGGUGUUCAUCGUCAGGAGAGUGAUCAAAAUCUGGCAGCGGUAUUCGAAGCCAAUGCAACUAGCGUUUCUGGACUUUGAAGCCGCGUUCGACUCUCCUCACCGAGGCCGUCUUCUCAACGCGCUGAGCGCCGAUGGAGUACCAGGAAAGUUCGUUCGCUUGCUUGAUGACAUGAAUCAAUGA